AUGGACCAGUCACAACCUUUUAAUGCCCCACCAUUCUUUGAUGGAGGCAACUAUGCUUUUUGGAAGGUUCAAAUGAGGGCUUUCUUGUGUGCUAUAGAUGAGUCCGUAUGGGAUUCUGUUGAGAAUGGAUAUGUUAAACCCACAACUGCCAAGUCCGAAUGGGACAAAGCAGCUCUUGCAUUAGCUAAUGCGAAUAGUAAGUUCAUUAAUGCUAUAUUCUAUGGUGUGUCCCCUGAUGAUUUUCACAGGAUAUCACACGUGGAGACAGCUAAGGAAGCCUGGACGAUUCGUGAAACGACCUAUGAAGGUACCAAGAAAGUCAAGGACUUGAAGCUUCAAAUGCUAACCACCAGAUUUGAAGAACUUAAGAUGGGAGAUGAUGAGGCUUUCGAUUCUUUCUAUGGAAAGCUCAAUGAGAUUGUAAUUGCCAAACUCAAUCUUGGAGAGAAGAUUGAGGAUUCUAAGGUGGUGAGAAAGAUCUUGAGGUCUUUACCGAAGAGUUUCCGAGCAAAAGUCACAGCUAUAGAAGAGAGUAAAGACUUGAAUGAGAUCAAAAUCCAAGAGCUAAUUGGAUCUCUCCAAACAUAUGAGCUGGGAUUGCCUUCUCAUAAAUCGACCAAAUCACUUGCUCUUAAAACCAUCAUCGAGAGAAUGGACAACUCCUUAGAAGAGGAUGAUGUGGAGAAGGAAGUUGUAUUCCUUGCAAAGAAUUUCCGAAAAUUUCUAAAGAUGAACAACCAUGGGAAGCCUUUCAACAGAGGAAAGUUUGCAUCUCCCAAGGGUGAUAGGAAGGAAUUUAGGAAGAAAGAUGGGAAGGAGUCUCAAUUUACUCAAGGAAUCACUUGCGUCGAGUGCAAUGGACAUGGACAUGUCAAGAGAGAAUGUCCUAAUUAUUUGACAAUGAAGGGCAAGGCAUAUGCCACAACUCUCAGUGAUUCAGAUUCUUCCAAUUCAGAUUCAGAGGAUAGUUGUGAUGAAGAAGGGAAUUUCUCAGCAUUUAUGACCAUUGCUGAUGUUGAAUCUUCAAAGGACUUGAAUCGGAAUUGUAGAAGAAUCUUCAAAGGACUUAGGAAGCAUAGUGACAAGGAAUCCAUAGGAAUUGUAGAAGAAUCAGAUGCUGAAGAAGAUGAAAGUUUAGUGGGUCUUCAAGAGAACUACAAUUCCCUUCUCGAGAAGUCUGGAGAAUAUGCAAGGGUGGCCAAGGUGAAAUUUCUUGAGCUUGAAGUGGUUCAAGCAAAUGCUAAAGUAGAGCGAGUCUCCACCAAGAAGAUUAAUGAAGUCCUUUCUCAUCAGAAACCUUUUUCUGACAAAACCGGAUUGGGAUACACCGGAGAAAGUAGUUCAGCGGUGAAUAUCUCCAAAGAAGUGAAGUUUGUGAAGGCUAAAGAGCAGGUUGUAAUUGCCCCUACUGUGGAGAAAGCAGAGGUUGAGAAAAAGAAGGAUGUGGCAAACCAAAGGGUGUUAAACAAGCCUCGCAACCAAUCAAUGAUGUCUCCUACCAAACAUUCUACUACCAAGAAACCAACUUCCAAAUGUGCACGCACUGAUUCUAAUCAUUUCAGGUCUGUUGAGGCUGAUAUGAAAUAUAAUGACUGCUACAAAAGAGCAACCAUUAUCAAUUGGAACCAUUGGAAUCCUCUUGCAUUUGGCAUCUACAGUAAUGUGUAG